CCCUCGAGCUUGAGGACUUCAUUUGACCCGAUGCAAAGCCAAACGCAAUCAGAAAUCCUGCCCUAGUUCUGCUUUAGACUUUUAGAUGAAGCCGAAUUCACCCCAUUAUCUUUGUUUUGCCGAUCGCAAGGCUUUUCCGUGCCAUUUCCACUCUCGUGUUUGGAGAUGAACGAGUUUCGGCUGCAAGGAUGUUCGAUAUUAGCUGCAAAUAUUACACCGCUUGUUCCCAAAAGAAGGCCGAAAGCAUGCUGGGUAAGCUCUUAAUGUGGUUUCCUGCAGAGGUUGUGCUGAAGUGGGCGUCUGGCAUCGUGGGCUCUUCCUCUGUAAGACACAAGUUCAUCUCUUUGUAGGAGUGAAGUCAUCUUUAUACAGCCAGGAGCGGGAGAUGAAAUUAGAAGCGGUGCGAGUUUCCUCAAGCUUUGUGCUGCUUUAUUCUGGUCUGGAAACGGGUUUGAUAUGUGCUCACAAUCACAGGCGUCCCAUGAAAGGGUAGCUCUGUUCCCAAACCCAUAGAUGCCUAGAUAGGUGGUUCAUUUUAGGCAGCGUCAGUGUCUCUAUACAGUGAAGGCAAUCCCAGAAUGCAUCACGACGAGAUGAGUUUAUAUUCUUUAUGCGUAACACGGGCGAUGCAACAUGCAUAACUAAUUUUAUUAUUAUCUAAAAAUGUGCAAAUGCGGUGAUAUGGUCGUUUCGAGAGUAAAAUAAAAGUAAGGCACGUGUGAUUUCACACAACCGACACCAGGGGGCGCGAAUCUCUUUCUGCAGCUCGCUAUAUAAAACUUCACUUCACUUGUUCAAACUGAUCUUAAUGAUGGGCUUGCACGCCAAAAUACAACUCAAAAUUAGAGAAAGUUAUAUUUUGAGUAAAUGAAGAACGGCAGUAUGUAAAUGUUUUAAGAGAACGGUCUUGAUGAAUCGAAUUGAUGAAUCGUUUUCGAACGAACCGAUUCAGAAAAUUGAACCCUGCUACUUGAGAGAGAAACAAUGUUUAUUGUCGCUGUUUUUGUUGCGGAAAGUGUGUAAGACACGCUAAAGAGCAAUAAGAUGUGCUAUUUUUGAAAUCUAAAAUAAAAAACAACUGCUUUAUUGUGGAUGCAAAGGAGUCCGCGUCGAAUGAAUUGGUGAAUCGUUUUUUAAAAUCGGUUUUUGAUUCAGUGAAUUGAAUCUAACUUCGAAUGUAGCUUAUUAUUAUGUCUUCGUUGUUGUUAUUAUUAGUAUUAUUAUUAUUGUUGUGAAAAAUUGUGUAUUGUUUACCUCAGCUAAAGUAGAAAAAAAGCACAGCGGUGUAUUUUGUCGCGUUAUAGCUGUAGACUUUGAGGGGAAAAACAACUCCAAAAGUAAAAAAAAGUUUCUGAUCGACUUUUAAAAAGUGAAGCGCAACUCAUACAUUUAGAAAACACGUCGAUUCCUGUAAAUAAAUAAAUAACAACUAUGUUUAAGUAUUUGGACGCAAACGAGAUUCAACGCGCCCAGCGAACCAAAUUAACAGCGAAUCAUUUUUGAACGAACGAAUCGAUUCGGUUCAUCGAUUUUAGAUAUUCAACUCGUAAACGCGAUCUAUCGCAGCAGGGCGGAUAAAAGCGCUUUAUUUGCCUCAGCGGCGUAUUAUUUCGUCGCUUCUCGUUGAAAAGAGUUCGUUGGGGAAACCUACGCUUUUUGACGCGCGUCGAAAGCGCAUUGAAAGCGCAUCGAAAUCUCUUGGAAACGGAGUUGGAUUAGCACUAGCAUCCGCGGCUUUCGGCCAAACUCGUUUCAGGGAGGUGUCGGAGAGAAAGAGAGAGAGAGAGAGACUAUGCCAGGGUUAUUCUCCGCGGACGGAGAGCGUCGGGUAAACAGACGCCGAGCGGGUAAAUAGUUCUGUCUCUUUAAGUUGGUGUCAAAGCCGAUUAGCGCUGAUCUCGGUCGUGAUUCCGUCUGUUCACUGCAUCUAUUUUUGUUUUACGUCGGUGCUCGCACUUUAGCCGUAUCGUCUGUUGACUUUCCGAAGCGCGUUUUCGCUUGUUUUGUCGCCCGCGCGCUCCUUUUAGGACGUCGCCGUGCGUAAUUACGCGCUUGGAGUCUCCUUUACGCGCUGGACUUCAGAUCAUCAUCAUCAUCAUCAUCAUCAUCGGUGAGCGAGGAGGAGGAGGGUGAUGCUGAUCAUGACAAAGGCUUCGGUGUGACCGUCAGGACCGGACGAUGCAGAAGAGCGUGCGUUACAACGAAGGGCACGCGCUCUAUCUGUCCACGGUCGCGCGUAAAGAGGGAGUCAAGCGCGGGUUCUUGAGUAAAAAAGCCGCGGAGAACGCCCGCUGGAACGAGAAGUACUUCGCGCUGUACCAGAACGUGCUCUUUUACUUCGAGAACGAGCAGAGCACCAGACCCUCGGGGAUUUAUCUGCUGGAGGGAUGCACCUGCGAGAGGAUCCCGGCCCCCAAAGUGUCCACCGUCGGGAAGGAGAGCUCGGAUAAACAGCAGUAUUAUUUCCUGGUGGUUUUCGGCCACGAUGGGCAGAAGCCUUUGGAGCUGAGGACAGAAGAGGAUGCUGAUCGUAACGAGUGGGUGGAGGCCGUUCAACAGGCCAGUUAUUCAGACCUCAUCAUUGAGAGGGAGGUUCUCAUGCAGAAAUACAUCCAUCUGGUGCAGAUCAUGGAGACGGAAAAGGUGGCGGCAAAUCAGCUGCGGACGCAACUAGAAGACCAGGACACGGAGAUCGAGAGACUGAAGGGAGAGAUCGUCGUUCUGAAUAAAACGAAAGAGCGAAUGCUGCCCUGUCAGUCCAAUCAAGAGGAGGAGGAUCCAGAUAUCAAGAAAAUCAAGAAGGUGCAGAGCUUCAUGCGCGGCUGGCUGUGCAGGAGGAAGUGGAAGAUCAUCGUGCAGGACUACAUCUGCUCACCUCACGCCGAGAGCAUGAGAAAGAGAAACCAGAUCGUCUUCAACAUGGUGGAGGCCGAGACGGAGUACGUGCUGCAGCUCUCCAUCCUGGUCAACUGCUUCCUUCGGCCGCUCAGGAUGGCGGCCAGCUCCAAAAAACCCCCCAUUAGUCACGACGACGUCAGCAGCGUCUUCCUUAAUAGCGAGACGAUAAUGUUUCUCCACGAGAUUUUCCAUCAAGGCCUGAAGGCCCGGAUAGCCAACUGGCCAACGUUAGUUUUAGCGGAUCUCUUCGACAUCCUGCUGCCGAUGCUGAACAUUUACCAGGAGUUCGUGCGAAACCAUCAGUACAGCCUGCAGGUUCUGGCCAACUGUAAGCAGAACCGGGACUUCGACAAGCUCCUGAAGCAGUACGAAGCCAACGCUGCCUGCGAGGGCCGCAUGCUGGAAACCUUCCUCACCUACCCCAUGUUUCAGAUCCCGCGGUACAUCAUCACCCUCCACGAGCUCCUCGCUCACACGCCUCACGAACACGUGGAGCGCAAGAGUCUGGAGUUCGCCAAAUCCAAGCUGGAGGAGCUCUCCAAAAUGAUGCACGAUGAAGUGAGUGACACAGAAAACAUCCGUAAGAAUCUGGCCAUCGAGCGGAUGAUCGUGGAGGGCUGUGAUAUUCUGCUGGACACCAGUCAGACGUUUGUACGGCAGGGCUCUCUGAUUCAGCUGCCCUCCGUGGAGAAGGGUAAACUGAGUAAGGUGCGCCUGGGCUCGCUGACGCUCAGGAAAGAAGCCGAACGCCAGUGUUUCCUGUUCACCAAACACUUCCUCAUCUGCACACGCACCUCCGGCGGAAAACUGCACCUGCUCAAACAGGGAGGCACGUUGUCUCUGAUCGAGUGCACACUUAUCGAGGAGCUGGACGCCAACGAUGAGGACUAUAACGCUGCGGGUCAGGGAUUCAAUCAUCUGGAGUUUAAGAUAGUGGUCGAACCCGCUGAUGGUCCGUCGUUUGCCGUGGUUCUGCUCGCUCCGUCUCGGCAGGAGAAAGCAGCCUGGACCAGCGACAUGAGCCAGUGCAUUGACAACAUUCGCUGCAAUGGCUUGAUGACCAGCGUGUUUGAGGACAACUCCAAAGUCACUGUGCCUCACAUGAUCAAGUCUGAUGCCCGGCUUCAUAAAGACGAUGUGGACAUCUGCUUCAGUAAGACGCUGAACUCCUGUAAGGUGCCUCAGAUCCGUUACGCCAGCGUGGAUAGACUCCUGGAGCGACUGACCGACCUGCGUUUCCUGUCCAUCGACUUCCUCAACACCUUCCUCCACACCUACCGCAUCUUCACCACCGCCGCCGUUGUAAUGGACAAACUAGCCGACAUCUACAAGAAGCCCUUCACGUCUAUACCUGUCAGGGUUCAGUAUCAUUCGUCUGACCGUUUGUCCAUCACCUCCAUCUGUCCAGACUACAGCCUGAAGAUCACAAGGCUUGCGCUGGACCAGUCCAAGUCUCUCGAGCUUUUCUUCGCCACAAACCAAGGCCCCUGGAGCGGAGAGCACCUGAACAACAAAUCCCCCCGUCUGUCCCGCAAGUUCUCCUCUCCUCCGCCCGUCUCCAUCCCCUCGCGCACCUCUUCCCCCAUCCACUCGCGCAAGCUGUCUCUCAGCUCUCCUGUGAGCUGUAAGGGUGGAGCUCUGGACCUGUCCACGGCCAGCAGCCCCACCUCUCCCUACACCCCCAGCAUCACCUCCCCUCCACCCGGCUGCACCAGGGCCCCCCUGGACCUCAGCCGGGGCCCCAGCUCCCCCGAGCUCAGCCCCUCCACCCCGGAGGAGAGCGGGGAUCUGCCGCGCAUCGACGCUUUCUGUGGGAAGCUGCGGCGGAGCAUUCGCCGAGCCGUGCUGGAGUCCGUAUCGCUGGAUAAGUUCAUCCCUGAGACGCCCGCGUCCAGUGACUCAGGAGACGUGUCUCCACGCUCACCCUCCACCCCACGGCACCUCCGCUACCGCACGCCUGCAGGUCAGUCCCCCGAUGGCUCCCGCUGUGCCGUGUCGCCCGCGUCCGCCUUCGCCAUCGCCACCGCCGCAGCUGGACACAGCAGUCCGCAAGGGUUUACCAACCCGGAGAGAUCCUACGACAAGGAGUUCCUCAUCCGCCGGGCCGCCACCAACCGGGUGCUCAACGUCCUGCGCCACUGGGUUUCCAAACACUCUCAGGACUUCGAGAUGAACGCGGAGCUGACCACGGCGGUGAUGUCUCUGCUGGAGGAGGUGCUGCGAGAUCCAGAUCUUCUGCCUCAGGAGAGGAAGGCCACGGCUAACAUACUGAGUGCGCUUUCUCAAGAAGAACAAGAUGAUUCACAGCUGAAGAUCGAGGACAUUGUGCAACUGUCCGACUGUCCGAGAGUCGAGUGCUUCGAGUCGCUGUCAGCGAUGGAGCUAGCGGAACAAAUUACUCUACUGGACCAUAUUGUGUUCCGCAAUAUUCCUUACGAGGAGUUUCUUGGUCAAGGCUGGAUGAAAACGGACAAAAACGAAAGGACUCCAUACAUUAUGAAGACCAGUCAGCACUUCAAUGAUAUGAGUAAUCUGGUGGCGUCUCAGAUCAUGGCCAAUGCAGACGUUAGCUCCAGAGCUGCAUCCAUUGACAAGUGGCUGGCCGUGGCUGAUAUAUGUCGCUGUCUCAACAACUACAACGGCGUGUUAGAGAUCACGUCCGCGCUGAACCGCAGCGCCAUCUACAGGCUGAAGAAAACGUGGGCCAAGGUUUGCAAACAGACCAAGGCGCUUAUGGACAGACUGCAGAAGAUCGUUUCAUCUGAAGGGAGGUUUAAGAACCUGAGGGAAACUCUGAAAAACUGUAACCCACCGUGUGUGCCCUACCUGGGCAUGUACCUGACGGAUCUGGCGUUCAUCGAGGAAGGAACGCCCAACUUCACCGAGGAGGGUCUCGUCAACUUCUCUAAAAUGAGGAUGAUCUCGCACAUAAUCCGAGAGAUCCGGCAGUUUCAGCAGGCUCCCUACAGGAUUGAUCUGCAACCCAAGGUAACGCAGUUCCUGCUCGACAAGACUCUUGUAAUGGACGAGGACACGCUUUAUGAAUUAUCUCUUAAGAUUGAGCCAAGACUCCCUCCUGCCAACUAAACCUGACGAUAAUGUUUACAACCAGACUCAAGUAAGAACCGUUUCAUGGUCAAGUUUGUGGGAAUCUUAUCUUGCAUCUGAACUGAAGCCUGUCCACCGUAGAAACAUCAACCUAUCCAUUCAUUUCAUUCCAUAUCAUUUUGUAUCAUUACUUUAUUUUUUUGCUGUAUUUAAACUCAGGUUUAAAUGUGCCUUUUUGUAAAUAUUAUGUACAGUUAUAAUAUUUCGUAGUGCAUAUUUCUAGCAUGACGCAUUUUAAUAAGAGCUUGAUAAUCUCUCUUUUUACCUGAAUGCACAAAAUCAUUUCCAGUUGAUCGCUCCUUUACUAUAAUGAGAAUUUGUGCGCGUGAUUAUUGUUCACGAGCGAGUCGGUCUGCCCGCAUGUAUGACAAUCGCCUCGGUAGUGGACUUCACUGAAAUGUCAGAUCUCAACCAAGCACGUUUACGGUUUACCAAAAGAAAUAUAUUUUUGCAUUCGUCAAUAUUAGGUGUCAUCUGUUUACACAGCAUGUUGCAACGAGGCUGCAUUUUCUCAUUUAGCAUGUCGAUUUUUUAUUUAAACAUAUUUUUUUGGCAUGCGUUUGCAUGAAUGCGUGCUUGAUCAUAUUCUUAAUUCUUUCAUUCUUUUGUCUCUAACUUUUAGAUUAGCAAUAGCAGACUCUAAGCAGCUUUUGCAUAUAUUCUGCACUUCAAAAAUACUGUGAUAGUACCAUAAUACAGUGACGGUAAAACCAAGGUACUCUGUACUCAGUUAUUACCAUAUAUGUGUUUUAUGGUAUUAUACAGCAUACUCCAUACUAUUAUAUGUGCAGAAAGUACACUUUUGGCUGAUGCAGAAGUGGUUUAUUGUUGACUUUGAUAUGAUUAGGGCUUGUUUUUAUAAAGUUACUCCACCCGGCUGUACCGUGACAAUAUAUAUAUAUAUUACACAAAUGUUUAAAUGAGAAAGAGAAAGAGAAAUAGUUGUUGGUAUAACUAUAUACUAUACAACUGUAGGUUCAGCACAGCGUCCUGUUUAUUUAAUUGGAUAUAUAGUCAUUUUAACUUUUACCUGGAAAACUUUGAUAUUGUAAACUUUAGGCAGCCGUGCAUUAUUUUUUGUCUUUAUUUAAUUAAUGCUCUUGACUCAUGCACACUUUCUAAUUAAAGUAUUUUUUUCACAAGUCAUUUCACACCUUUUUUUCAGUCGAUGACAUAAAUGUGCUGUACAUUUAUCCACGAUGUAGCUGUAACUUUUGAAAUAAAAUUUGUCUCAUCUUCCGUACGGUUUGGUUUCCGCUAUGCAUUCAAAAGUUUAAUUAUAGCAAAAGAUCAUUUGCAUGUUUUUAUCAUUCUGGCUAGCUAGCUUGCUGACCGUCUGUGCUAGUUAAUAAUGGGAUAAAAAUUGUUGGUAACACUUUACGGUUACAAUUAGCUGCUUAUUAGCAUGCAUAUUACUACAAUAUUUGCCAUUUAUUAAUGCUAAUUAAGCACAUACUAAUGCCUUAUUCUAUAUCUCUAAUGCUACCCAAUUCCUAAACUUAACAAUUACCUUACUAACUAUUAAUAAUCAGCAAAUUAGGAAAUGGAAAGGUCAUAAUUAAUAGUUAACAAGUGUUACCUAUUCUAAAGUGUUACUACUUACAUAAUCCUUCAUGUUUCUUUAAAAGCAGUGUUCAGGUAAGAAAUGUCUCCUAAUUACAGCUACAGAAAUUAUUAGCAGCAAGUGAUUUUCUUUUACAGCGUAAUAUGACCCAAACAAUUAUUACACAGCUCUGAUUUCUUUGCAUGUUUUGCAUGCUGAGAUAAAACGUAUAUCGGAAGUUACAAACUGAUUUGUCUUUAAAACGCAUAAUUUCAGCAUGAUAGACAUGAUAAAGCCAGACACGUUUUAGAAGAGUAUUUGAUUAACAGUCUGUAAUGGCAUAGCCCUGUUCUGGAAAAAGCGAUGGGGAACAGCAGCUUAUUUGCAUUUAAAGAAGCAUGCACAAAAUUGUGCACAAAACAGGCAUUUUCUAAAUAAUGAUAAAUGAUCUGUGGGGUAUUCAGAGCC